AAGUCUUGCUAUACUAGGUAAAUGUGAGUGUGUCUAUAAAUGGCGAUCAUGUUCUGUGCCGUGGUUGACCCCAAGAACUUGCAUUGCAUUGCUUUGCUAACCACUUAUCCAUUAGAUGAUGAAUGUAUUUCGUCGCAGUAUGUCGUCGGUGGCUUCUUUGAAACAAGCCAGCAAGGUCGUCUGCAUCGGACGCAACUAUGCUGAUCACAUUGCCGAAUUAAACAGCGCCAGGCCAAAGCAGCCUUUCUUCUUUUUAAAGCCCACUUCCUCUGUCCUCUUACCUGGGGAGGGCCCUGUCAUUCGCCCCAGGGGGGUAGACCUUCACUAUGAAGUUGAGUUGGCCUUGAUUCUGGGCAAGCAGGUGAAAGAUCUUGCAGCAGAGGAUGAGAAGACUGCCUUCGAUUCUAUCGCACAUUACGCUCUUAGCAUUGAUAUGACGGCCAGAAACAUCCAGAAUGAGGCCAAGAAGAAGGGCAUUCCUUGGUCGAUUGCCAAGGGCUUCGACACCUUCCUUCCAAUCAGCAACCUGAUUGCGAAGUCGGCAAUUCCGAACCCUCAUUCCGUAGAAAUCUACCUGACUGUCAAUAACGAGGUUCGACAGGCAGACUCUACCGAGCUCAUGCUUUUCCAGAUCCCCAGGAUACUGAGUGACAUCUCCAAGGUUAUGACUCUUGAGAAAGGAGACAUCGUCAUCACUGGAACGCCAAAGGGUGUCGGCCCCGUCGUACCAGGUGAUGUCAUGCGGGCUGGUAUCAAGGUCGACGGCAAGGAGCUCGAGGAGAGCAAGAUUGAGGUCGCCGUUGAGGAAUCAACGAGCUCAUACAUCUAUGCCGAGACUUGAGUGGUUAUCUUUGGCGGACGAGAGUGUCCAAUUCAUCGUAUAUAUCAGCUAUAAAAAGCCUCCUCGAUUGAUUCCAAUACUAGGUUUCAUAUAUGUUCUAUAUACCUAAGUACAUAAGUAUGUCGUAUUUUCAAUAUGAAAUCUACAUGUACAAUGUAAAU